AUGCAACCAGACAAGGAAAAUAGUGCAAGGAAGAGAGAAGUUUUGGGACACCAAGCUAGGCUUAUGGUGUUCUCUGUCUUGCAGUUCUUCCGAGCGGAGAAGAAAGCUAAAUGUUUAUUAGUGGACAUUAAACAGCUUCAUAGAAGGACUGCCAGGGCGUGUGGUGUCAGUCGUACUUUAGUUCAGUCGAUUGUCAGCGAGGUGAAGCGCCAACGCCAGCAACAACCCCUUCAACCCCUGCAGCCCAUGCCCUAUCAGCACGCGGCCACGCCCACAGCCGCGCCCACGACCGCAGCAGCCCAGCAAGCUCCGACUCCCCUGCAGCCCCAGUUCAGCACACCUGAGACCAGCACCGAGCCCCCGAAGUUUAGCACCCCUAAUAAGAUAAGGAAGAAGAAGCAGUCGGUAUGUGACGUCGAUUCAUUUGAUAUUGCAGCCAUUCGAAACCUCAUUCAGUCAUUCAUAAGUAAGAAAGUUCGUCCGACUCUUCAGAAGUUACUAAAAUCCCUUCAAAACACUGGAAUACUGGUUAACAGGUCAAGAGAAAGUCUGAGAAGAUUGUUGGUUAACUCUAUGGGCUUCCACUUCGAGCGGUACAAUGGCCGAAAAACACUUAUGGAAAGAACAGAAAUCGCCCUGUGGCGGUGUCGGUUUUUGAGGGCAACGAGACAUUUGGACUGGUCGAAAAUGAUAUUUAUAGAUGAGACAUGGGCCAACGCCAACGAUUGUCACCAAAAGGGGUGGACCGAUCGCACUUUGAAGGGCUCCAUGAAUAACCCUAUUGGUAAAGGCAGUAGGAUUAUCGUGUGCCAUGCGGGUGGCGCCAACGGGUGGAUUCCCACGCCACCCCUUAUUUUUAAAUCAAAGAAAACGACAGACUACCACGAGGAGAUGAAUGCGGCAGUUUUCGAGGAGUGGUUUGAAGAAGUCCUUUUACCAAAUAUCCCUGCCGGCUCUGAUAUAGUAAUGGACAACGCCUCUUACCACUCGCGGCAGCUGGACAAGGCGCCAACUUCAAACACGCUGAAGCCUGACAUAGUGGCCUGGCUGCUGCGUCAUGAUAUCAGGGAGGACGAGUACGGCAACAAGAUCGAAACUUUACUUAAGAUUGAGCUCUUGGACCUAGUCAAGCGGAAGAAACCUCGAUUUCCGUCUUAUUAUAUUGACAAUCUGGCUUUGCAACACGGUCACCGAGUCAUCCGCCUCCCGCCCUACCAUUGUCAUUUUAAUCCUAUUGAACUGGCAUGGGCCCAAGUCAAAUUUUACGUGAAGGAACACAAUCAGGCGAGAAACUUGACGACAGUGCAACAGCUUUUUGAAGAGGGCGUCAACUCCGUCACCCCUUCCGCUUGGGCAAAGCUCGUCGAUCACGUAAAACAGGCCGUAAUCAAGCAAUGGGAAGACGAUGGGCUUCAAGAGCGAGCAAUCGGGCAAUUUGUAAUCUCUCUGGCCGACUCGGAUCCCGAUUCGGACGACAACAGCGAGGGGCACGAUAUCGACGGAGUGGUGAACGACAUCGCGGACGAGGACGGGUGGGACGAGAGUAAUGAAUUGGUGGACUACGAGGGUGGUGGCGUGGACGACCCGGCCAACGAUGGUGUCGGACUUAUGGAUGAGUCCGAGGGCGGCCUUACGGAUGAAUCGCACAACGGCAGCGGCUGGGAUUGGAACCACCUCGCCGUGGAUGCGGAUGACGAGGGUGAGGACUUCCUCCUCCAGAGAGCUCUCUUUCCGGCUGCUUACAAGCGACAAGAUUCAUCUGACUUGGGCGUACAGCUCCUUCCUUCGGAGAGCACGGACCAGUCUCCGGAACCUGCCGGCUCUACUUCCGGCGCCAGAGAGUCACCUCCUCCACCUCCUCUCGAGUACAUCAAUUUAUAGUGAAUCUUUUUGUUAUUGUUGUUGUUUCUGUUUU